AUGGAGGCUUUGGAGGGGUCAGAGUUAUUGGAGAACCAAAGUGAAAGGUUCUCAGCAAUUAUGACAAACUGCAUGACUUGGAACAUAGAAGGUCCAGAGCCAUUUUUGGAGGUUGAUGUGAGACUGAAAAUCUCGACGCGGCCAUUCACAAUGCUUCCAGUAGCAGCUGUUGAGGCUCCUGGGAAUCUAGUGAUGCAGACACUGGUAGAUACACUAGUCCCUCUUCUGCUUCAGCAACUACUCAAAGAUUACGACGAAUGGAUUCAAAAACAGCAACAAAACUCUUUAAACACAAUGUAA